AUGGAGGAGGAGGAGGGGGCGGCGGCCAAGGAGUGGGGCACGACCCCCGCGGGGCCCGUCUGGACCGCGGUAUUCGACUACGAGGCGGCGGGCGACGAGGAGCUGACCCUGCGGAGGGGCGAUCGCGUCCAGGUGCUUUCCCAAGACUGUGCGGUCUCCGGCGACGAGGGCUGGUGGACCGGGCAGCUCCCCAGCGGUCGCGUGGGCGUCUUCCCCAGCAACUACGUGGCCCCGGGCGUCCCCGCUGCACCCGCGGGCCUCCAGCUGCCCCAGGAGAUCCCCUUCCACGAGCUGCAGCUAGAAGAAAUCAUCGGUGUGGGGGGCUUUGGCAAGGUCUAUCGGGCCCUGUGGCGUGGUGAGGAGGUGGCCGUCAAGGCCGCCCGGCUGGACCCUGAGAAGGACCCGGCAGUGACAGCAGAACAGGUGUGCCAGGAAGCCCGGCUCUUUGGAGCCCUGCAGCACCCCAACAUCAUUGCCCUUAGGGGUGCCUGCCUCAAACCCCCACACCUCUGCCUGGUGAUGGAGUAUGCCCGGGGUGGCGCACUGAGCAGGGUGCUGGCAGGCCGCCGGGUGCCACCUCACGUGCUGGUCAACUGGGCUGUGCAGGUGGCCCGGGGCAUGAACUACCUACACAGUGAUGCCCCUGUGCCCAUCAUCCACCGUGACCUCAAGUCCAUCAACAUCCUGAUCCUGGAGGCCAUAGAGAACCACAACCUCGCAGACACGGUGCUCAAGAUCACGGACUUUGGCCUCGCCCGUGAGUGGCACAAGACCACCAAGAUGAGCGCCGCGGGGACCUAUGCCUGGAUGGCGCCGGAGGUUAUCCGUCUCUCCCUCUUCUCCAAAAGCAGUGAUGUCUGGAGCUUCGGGGUGCUGCUGUGGGAGCUGCUGACGGGGGAGGUCCCCUACCGAGAGAUCGACGCCUUGGCCGUGGCGUAUGGCGUGGCUAUGAAUAAGCUGACGCUGCCUAUUCCCUCCACGUGCCCCGAGCCCUUUGCCCGCCUCCUGGAGGAAUGCUGGGACCCAGACCCCCACGGGCGGCCAGAUUUUGGCAGCAUCUUGAAGCGGCUUGAAGUCAUCGAACAGUCAGCCCUGUUCCAGAUGCCACUGGAGUCCUUCCACUCGCUGCAGGAAGACUGGAAGCUGGAGAUCCAGCACAUGUUUGAUGACCUUCGGACCAAGGAGAAGGAGCUUCGGAGCCGUGAGGAGGAGUUGCUGCGGGCAGCACAGGAGCAGCGCUUCCAGGAGGAGCAGCUGCGGCGGCGAGAGCAGGAGCUGGCAGAGCGUGAGAUGGACAUCGUGGAACGGGAGCUGCAUCUGCUCAUGUGCCAGCUGAGCCAGGAGAAGCCCCGGGUCCGCAAGCGCAAGGGCAACUUCAAGCGCAGCCGCCUGCUCAAGCUGCGAGAAGGCGGCAGCCACAUCAGCCUGCCCUCCGGCUUUGAGCACAAGAUCACAGUCCAGGCCUCUCCAACUCUGGAUAAGCGGAAAGGAUCCGAUGGCGCCAGCCCCCCCGCAAGCCCCAGCAUCAUCCCCCGGCUGAGGGCCAUUCGCCUGACUCCUGUGGACUGUGGUGGCAGCAGCAGUGGCAGCAGCAGCGGAGGCAGUGGGACAUGGAGCCGCGGUGGACCCCCCAAGAAGGAAGAACUGGUCGGGGGCAAGAAGAAGGGACGGACAUGGGGGCCCAGUUCCACCCUGCAGAAGGAGCGGGUGGGAGAGGAGAGGCUGAAGGGGCUGGGGGAAGGAAGCAAACAGUGGUCAUCAAGUGCCCCCAACCUGGGCAAGUCCCCCAAACACACACCCAUCGCCCCCGGCUUCGCCAGCCUCAAUGAGAUGGAGGAGUUCGCUGAGGCAGAGGACGGAGGAAGCGUGCCCCCUUCCCCCUACUCGACCCCAUCCUACCUCUCGGUGCCGUUGCCCGCUGAGCCCUCCCCAGGGACGCGGGCGCCGUGGGAGCCGACACCGUCUGCACCCCCAGCUCGGUGGGGACACGGCGCCCGGCGGCGCUGCGACCUGGCGCUGCUAGGCUGCGCCACGCUGCUGGGGGCCGUGGGCCUGGGCGCUGACGUGGCCGAGGCACGCGCAGCCUGUGACAGCGAGGAGCAGCGGCGCUGGCUAGACGGCCUGUUCUUCCCCCGCGCCGGCCGCUUCCCGCGGGGCUUCAGCCCACCCGCGCGUUCUCACGGCCGCCGCGAUGACGCGGGCCUGGGCCUGGUGCCCUCGGUCACGCUCGUGUCACUUUCGUCCGUGUCUGACUGCAACUCGACGCGUUCACUGCUGCGCUCGGACAGUGAUGAGGCCGCGCCGGCCGCGCCCUCCCCACCACCCUCCCCUCCACCCUCCCCGCCUGCUCCCACACCCUCACCCAGCGCCAACCCCCUGGUGGACCUGGAGCUGGAGAGCUUCAAGAAGGACCCCCGCCAGUCGCUCACGCCUACCCACGUCACAGCUGCACGCGCCGGCGCCAUGAGCCGCGGGCACCGGCGGACUCCAUCGGACGGGGUGCUGGGGCAGCGGGGUCCUCCCGAGCCCGUGGCCCACUGCCCUGGCCCUCAAGACCCUCUGGACUUCCCCCGCCUGCCCGACCCCCAGGCCCUUUUCCCAGCCCGCCGCCGGCCCCCCGAGUUCCCAGGCCGCCCCACCACCCUGACUUUUGCCCCGAGACCUCGGCCAGCUGCCAGUCGCCCUCGCUUGGACCCCUGGAAACUGGUCUCCUUUGGCCAGACGCUCACCAUCUCGCCUCCCAGCAGGCCAGACACUCCAGAGAGCCCUGGGCCCCCCAGCAUGCAGCCCACAUUGCUGGACAUGGACAUGGAGGGGCAGAACCAGGACAGCACAGUGCCCCUAUGCGGGGCCCACGGCUCCCACUAAGGCCUGCCCACCACCGCCCGCCUGGGCAGCCAUGAAUGUAGCGCCCCAGGCCCUGCCCCAGCCCGCCAUGCCAGAAGGUGGGGAAGGCCCUGGGCAGGAUGCUCACUCUAUUUAUUGGGGAAGGGGGGAGGGGGGACACUUAACUUAUUCCUUUGUACCCCAGGGGGUGGAGCCCUGUGUCCGCCCUGCACUGGGGGGUGGGUGGGCAGGGAUACUCAGGGACAGGGCAUCAUGGGGGACUUGGCACAAAAAUGCAGCAUUAAAGGUAACCCCUGCCCCCUAACGCACUUGGCUGUGUUCCUUUUUCAUUUUCGUUUUUCUCUUUUUUGAGACAGAGUCUGGCUUAGUCACCGAGGCUGGAGUGCAGUGGCACCACCUCAGCUCACUGCAGUCUCCACCUCCUGGGUUCAAGUGAUUCUCCUGCCUCAGCCUCCUGAGUAGCUGGGACUACAGGCACCCACCACCACAGCCGGCUAAUUUUUUUAUUUUUGGUAGAGACAGGGUUUCACCAUGUUGACCAGGCUGCUCUCAAACUCCUGACCUCAAGUGAUCCACCUGCCUCAGUGUGCCAGAGUGCUGGGAUUACAGGCGUGAGCCACCGCACUGGACCUGGACUGUUUCUUUCCUGGGCCCAGUCCCUGAUGCAGGGUCAACCCAGUGGAACAUUCCCCCACCCCACACACCCUCCCUGGGCUUCUCUGGGCUUCUAAGGUCCAAGGGAUGUGGCCCUCCCUGGUCCCCCACCACCACCAAGAACACCACACAAGUUAUGAUCACCAGUGACAAGUGUUUUACCAGCAAACAUAUGAGUCAGGGGGAAGUUACAUACAUGGUGAGGUGGGAGGAUGAGGGGGUAAAGACGAUCCUCUUGGGUUGGCCUCAGCCAAUCACAUCCCGAGUCUGGGCCCCAGCUCCACUGUCUUGCCGCUGGAGGCUGCAACGGUUCAUCUUCAGCUGAGUCAGCUGGAUGUAGCGGAGCACAUUGGUGUCUGCGGGGGAGGCAAGUAGGGCAUCAUCUGGGUGUCCUGGGGCAGCAGGUGGCUUCCACACCAUCCUGGCUCACACUCCAUUCUCCACAGUCUCCAGCAGCUCACUCACACAACCAGUAGUGCCAGAGCCCUUCCCAAAUGCCACAGCUAGUGACAUUGUACACCUCUAUGCACCUGUAUUUGCGGCACCCUCUGCCAAGAGUGCCUCUUCGCAGAGGCUCCCGUCACACUUCUUGCAGAUGUCACUGGAGGAUGAGAAGUCUGUUCUCUCCCAGCCACUUAAUGGGAAAACUAAUCUCGUCUCUACUCCCACAACCCUGCACCUGUUGUAAUCCCUCUUCAUCCCUCAUUGGCUCUUAAUACAAAACCGAGUGUUGUGUC